CUUAUCAUCUAUCUUCCCGAUCCAAAUCAUCCUCACACACCAUAUCUCUCUACCAUCGACCCUCACCAUCAACCAUGGGGCUUCUUGACCUCCCCGUCGAGCUCCUCCUACAGAUCUCAUCCUACAUGGAUGAACACGACAUAGCCAGUCUAAUUCGUACCAGCCGUGCCGUCCAUAACCUCCUUGAGAACGAACUCUAUCGACAUCACAUCGCCAGGACGAACGGCGUCGCGCUCCUUUGGGCAGCCAAGCACGGCAAGGAGCAGCUCGUCCACAAGCUCCUGGACCACGGCGCAGACAUCGAAAUCGGGGGCCGCACCGGUACCAAAGAAGACGCACAGUCCCGCUGGUGUGCUCGCACCUCAGAUCGCUACACACUCCUCUGGGUCUUCGCGGGGAACCGUCAAAUGGUCUGGAUGCAGAAGCACCGUCAGACAGCCUUAUCCAUCGCCGCGCAGCACGGACAGGCGUCGACCGUGCGCGCACUCCUCGCCCGCGGUGCGCAGAUCGACGCGCCGGAUUGCAGAAACAGAUCGACUCUCGUCAACACCAUCGCCGAGAUCGUCGACAGACGCCACCGCAAGAACCGCAACGACCCGGUCGUCCUGUCUGGGCCCGUGAUCAUCACCCCCCUCCAGCCCAUCAUGGAGGCGCUGCUGGCCGACGACCGCGCCUUGAAAAGCGGCUAUGGAUAUAAUGCGCUCACCUACGCGCUCCGGUCUGGCGACGAGGAUAUCUGUAUGUACAUGCUGCAGGAAGAGAGCACCCGGGCCACCUUCGCGCAGCAACACUGGUUCUACUAUCUGGUCUGCGAGGCAGCCCACUAUGGUCCUCGGCUCCUCCUGCCUCGUCUGCUCACGAUCGCGGACACAUACAGGUCCGAUACUGCGGCUAUCGAGCGGCUUGCCGCUUGGGCCAAGAAGCAGCCGUCCUGUAUUUGCGUUUACCCUAAAAUCCUGGAUCCCUACGUCUUCCUCGCCUCCCUGGAGGCGUACUAUGCUAUCUGAGCUCACCACGCGGGGUUGCGAUAUGUUGGAGAGGUGAGAUAGUCAGGUAUCGGAGGACAGAGGCGAGG